GACGAUCACGCAGUCACAUUGCUGUGAGUAUCGGAGAUCAAUAUGGCGCCGGACUCGUCAUACACCGAUGUUAAAGGACGGCUGUUGGUUCGUUUUAACGUGAUUAUCUUUUGGUGUUUGUUCGUUGACCGUACUUAUCGCUGCUCCUGAAAAUGCGCCGUCCUGAGAAUGGAAGGAAGUCGCCCACAGUCGACAAAGCUCAGUCAUAAGGAGUGGCGCCGCAUUGCGAAGAGGGAACGUCGCAGGCGUAUACGACGGACAAUCGCGCAAGAACGUGAUGCCAAUGAACAACGUUUGAGGGCAGCACUGAAAGGCAAUAUGGCAUAUUUAAAAUUUAGCGCGGAGGAAGAGCAACAAAAGAAGAACGAAAAAGCACAAGAAGAAAGGGAACGUGCGGAACGAGAGAAACUCUGGCUUGAAGAAGAAAGAAGAGCACAUGAAAAAUGGCAAGUUCUUCAAGAACAAAAAGCGAAGGCGGAGCAGGAGAAGCUUGAGCAAGAGAUGAAGGUUCGCGAGGAACUCGAAACGAUACGUAUAGAAUUAUUGAAGAAAAAAGAGGAAGAACAGAAAAAACGUGAGGAGCGACUUCGUAAGCAAGAACAAUUGGAGAAAGAUAUUAACGAUUACAUCGAUAACGGAGCGAAAACACCCGAAGCUUUGCGUCAAAUCAUUGAAACUCAGUCUACCAAGGAACUCUGCCCAUUUUUUACGAAAACGGGUGCUUGCCGGUUUGGAAAUGCGUGUUCCAAAAAUCAUCGUAAAGUAAUCCUCAGCAAUGUGAUCUUGAUACCCGGAUUUUAUUCACAUUUUUCCCUUGAACAUAACUCGGCAGAAUAUGACACUGACGUGGCACUUGAGUACGAAAAUUCAGAAACGUGGCAACACUUUUCCGAGUUUUUCGAGGAUGUAACAACUGAACUAGAGUCGUUCGGCAAGAUUAAGGUUGUUAAAUGUUGCUGCAACAUGGAAGUUCAUUUGCGCGGUAAUAUGUAUAUUGAGUAUUAUACGGAGAGAGAAGCGGCUAAGGCGUGGAGGAAUCUGAAGGGACGUUGGUACGGCGGUAAGCGACUCCACUGUGAAUUCGUCAGUCUGCCAUCCUGGGGUGGUGCUAUCUGCGGCAUAACCAAGUGUCCUAAGGGCAGUAAGUACUGCAAUUUUCUUCACACCUUUAGAAAUCCACGCAACAAGUAUGAUAUUAGAAAACCCCAACGCCCAAAGGACAAAGAUUCGAAUAACAGCAGACGAAGCGAACACAGAAGUAAAUCUAAAUGGGAAGAAUCCGAUCGAGAUGAUGGCGAAAAAGAUCGUAACUGGAGAUGGUCCGAGACGCCCGAGAUUGAAUUGAGUUACAUUAAAGAUUCAGAGAUGAAACAUCAUUCUACGAAAAUGGAACAGUUGGAAAGAUUGUCACGCGAUCGAAGACAGAGGAGGAAUUCAAAAUCAAAAAGUCCAAGAACCAAAACACUAUCUAAGGAACAUCAUCAUUUGGAUCGUAAAAGAGCCCGCAACGAAGACCAAAAUAAAAAAGGUGCAUCCGAUGGUCGUUCUUCUAAAAAGCGUAAAAAGAAAUCUGAAGAAGAAAGAUGAGCCACACGAAAAAUUAUUAGAAAUGUUUGAAGAUAUUGGGAAAGAAAUUAAGGAAACAUAGAUCCGAAAGAAAUAAAUAUCUAAAGAAGUCGAAGAAGAUAAAAUCCAAAGCUUAUACAGGCUGUUAAGAUGCGUUCAAGUGAUCUUAAUGUACUUGUAAUAUAAAACGAAGAGAUAAUUUUAUUGAGCGACUUAUGCGGUAACGACGAUUAAACAAAUAAAAGGAUAAUUUUUUAAUUUAAUGCUUUCAAUUUUAGUGACAAACUAUUUUUUUAAAUAAUUAAAUAAUAAAAUAAUAUUGCGUGAUUGUAUUUGUACAAUUGUAUUAAGUAAACUGACUCAGUUCCAUAUGUCUGCAAGAAUGUGAUAUUUAUACAAAUAAAGUACAUUAUCUUAGUGUUGUUAUUCGAAA